AACAAUGGGAGAUACCCCGUUGUUACACUUCCUGUCUCCCUUGGUCUUCUUUGACUAAUUUAGAGGUACAUGCAUUUGGUGAUGCAUCAGAAAUUGGAUAUGGAGCCUGUGUGUAUUUGAGGAUCCCCUCGGUCAAGGGAAUUUAUCAGACCUCCCUAGUGGUUGCUAAGGCCAAGGUCGCACCCUUAAAAAGGGUCUCUCUUCCUCGGCUAGAGCUCCUUGCAGCUUUGCUGUGUGCCCGGUUAGUAGUGUUUGUAAAGUCUGCUCUCCGUCUAUCUGAUAGCGUGACAUAUCGGUGUUGGACAGACGCUCGUGUCACUUUGGCUUGGAUCAAAGGUGAUCCCUAUAAAUGGAAGACAUUCGUCGCUAAUAGGGUAUCGGAGAUACAUCAGCUUACAUCUCCUCAGUACUGGUUUCAUUGCCCAGGGAAAGAGAACCCUGCCGAUCUCCUAACACGAGGGAUAUUUGCUGAGCAACUGAUUUCAUCUGAUCUCUGGUUGAAAGGACCUAGGUGGUUGUAUGAUGCGUCUAGUUCCUUCCCUCCUGACUAUGUCGACCAACCUCUCAUUAUUGAAUGUUCAGAGGAACAGGCUGAGUCAGUUAAUUGUCUUUCUGUGGACCCCAUGUCGGAGGUUUUUGAAUUUAGUCGAUGGAGUAGUUUCACUAAGAGUGUCCAUGUCAUUGCUUGGGUAUUAAGGUUUAUCAAGAAUACUCUUCCUAUGUCUGUGAGGUCGUUAGGUGCUUUCUCGUCUGAUGAAUUAGCUUUUGCUGAGAGGAAGCUGUUUUCUUGUGUUCAGUCAGCUGCCUAUUCUGAGGAACUGUUACGUCUUAGGACAGGUAAACCCAUACCCAAGGGUUCGCCCAUUCGGAAACUCGACCCUUUCUUGGAUAGUGAUGGACUCCUGAGGGUUAAAGGGCGUCUCCAGUUUUCUAACCUAGACUAUGAGAGCCGUCAUCCAGUCAUACUCCCUCAGUGUCAUGUUUCUAAAUUGCUAGUCCGCUUUCAGCAUGUAUUUCUAAAACAUGCUGGUGUAUCAACAUUAGUGUCAACUCUACGUGGUAGUUAUUGGAUAGUUGGAGUCCGACGUCUAGCUAAGACUGUCUGUGACUAG